AUGGACAAUCUCUCUAGUGCCACUGAAUUCUGCCUGCUAGGCUUCCCUGGAUCCCAAGAGCUACACCACAUUCUUUUUGCCAUAUUCUUUUUCUUCUAUUCAGUGACACUGCUGGGAAACAUGAUCAUCAUCCUGAUUGUUUGUGUUGAUAAACGUCUACAGUCCCCCAUGUAUUUCUUCCUCGCCAACCUUUCUCUCCUGGAGAUGCUGGUAACAACUACAAUUGUUCCCAUGAUGCUGUGGGGACUGCUGCUCCCUGGAAUCCAGACAAUAUCUCUGACUGGAUGUGUUGUCCAGCUCUUCCUUUAUCUCUCUUUAGGCACCACUGAAUUUGUAGUGCUGGGAGCGAUGGCUGUGGACCGUUAUGUGGCAGUCUGCAACCCUUUGAGGUAUAGUGUCAUCAUGAACAGUCGUACUUGCAUCUGGGUGGUGAUUGUGUCCUGGGUGUUUGGCUUCCUUUCGGAAAUCUGGCCAGUUUAUGCCACAUUCCAAUUUACUUUCUGCAAAUCAAAUCUCUUAGAUCAUUUUUACUGUGACCGAGGUCAGUUGCUCAAACUGUCUUGUAAUGACACCUUUCUCACGGAGUUCAUUCUUUUCUUAAUGGCUGUUUUCAUUAUUAUUGGAUCCUUGAUCCCCACAAUGGUCUCCUACACCUACAUCAUCUCCACCAUCCUCAAGAUCCCCUCAGCCUCUGGCCGCAGGAAAGCCUUCUCCACCUGUGCCUCCCACUUCACCUUUGUUGUCGUUGGCUAUGGCAGCUGCCUGUUCCUCUAUGUGAAACAGCAAACACAGGCAGCUGAGUACAACAGGGUGGCUUCGUUGCUGGUUUCUGUGGUAACCCCUUUCCUGAACCCCUUCAUCUUCACUCUUCGGAAUGACAAAGUCAAAGAGGCCCUUAGAGACGGAGUGAAGCGUUGCUGUCUGCUCUUCAGGGAUUAG